AUGUCUUCAGGAUUCGUCUCCGCAGGAACGGAUCAAGAGCCAGUUGAGCGCGAUGACGAAUGGCUCCGCGUGCAGCGAGAGCUCGAGGAGGAACGCCGACGAAAAGCCGAGCUAGGAAAACAAGAUGGGAAGAGCUUAUACGACGUCCUACAACAGAACAAGAUGGCCAAACAGGAAGCCUUUGAGGAAAAGAUCAAACUGAAGAACCAAUUCCGCGCACUCGACGAAGAUGAGGUUGAUUUCCUAGACUCAAUUAUGGAGUCGACUCGUGCUCAGGAGGCUACUGUCAAGAAGGAAACUGCUGAGCAAUUGGAGCUGUUCCGGCGACAACGCGAGAAGGCUGAGAAGGCUGCGCUUGAAGAUAAUGCUGCAGAUGUGACGCCCGCGGCUGAAGGUGAAGACUGGAAGAUCGCAUCGCGCAAGCGUCGCCGUGAGAAGGGCAAGGAUUUGCUUAUUCCGGGGCGGAAGCGGAAAUCCGUGGGUGAGGAGGUCGCUGAUGAUACUACGAGUGAGCAGAGAACAAGCAAAAAGGCAAAGGAGAUUGUUGAGAGCAGGGGUGGCGAGAAGAGCAGCGCUUCAACGGCGCGGGAACAGCGAAGUCAGGCGACUGUGUACCAAUCUGCGAAGGACGCGAAAUCUGGAAGCCCUGCUGAACCACAAUCAAAACCGGCUACUAGUCCACCUGCACCGUCUCUCGGACUGGCCGGCUACAGCUCAGACUCAGAAUAA